GUUUACAUUUAUAGAUUAGUUUCGCUUUAAUUUUAGUGUUUCAUGUCAUAAUCCAAAUUUAAACAUAGUCUAAUCUGAAUUUUAUAAUCAUUGUAAAAUGCAAUAAAAACUGUGUUGGUGGAUCAAUAAUCAUUCCAUGAUACUGGUAGUUAUCCACCUCCAGGUCCUGCACCGUUUCCUAAUUCUCACCCUUACAAACAAGAAACAAGAUGCCAACACAGAAGAAGAAACUUCUCGAGGAACCUCCACCAGGCAAAAAUGAAACUGUUUCGUUAAUUCUAAAUUUCAUUUUAGGCUAUACUCCUGGUCCACCAGUUUAUUACACCCAACCUCAGCAACCAAUUCCUGAGGCUUCUUUUCCUAAUGAUUAUCUUAUACUCUCACUGUUCUCAAUCAUUUGUUGCUUCUGGCCGGUUGGUGUCAUUGCUCUCCUUAAAUCUAUUGAGACUCGUUGUUACUGUCAAAAUGGCCGUCUAGCUGAAGCCCAAGCAUCCUCACGUAAAGCAAAAACCUUUAACACAAUAUUCAUUGGGAUAGGAGUGACCUACCAUAUCUUCCUUGCAAUAGUAAUUUUGGUGACAAUUAUUGUUGCAGAUGCUAAGAGGGGCCUCCCUGGCCUGACUAAGGCACUGCUAACAUUGCUACUCUAUUUACAUUAUUUAAGAUCUAAUAAUUUUAUGUCAUCAGUAGAACACUUAUAAAGAUAGACUAGUUGUUAAACUGUUACUGAUUGUUUGUGUUCAAGUAUGUUGGCUUUCAUUGUUUAGUGUUUUGUUGAAAAUUAAAAUAAUGAAA